AUGCAGCAAGAAGAAAAAGAAGGCGAAAGAAGUCAAAAUCGCAGUUUUAAAUUUUAUUUAUAUCUCUUAUACAUAUUAUCACAACUGGGCAGCUAUUGCAGCUUGAUUUAUGGUGCAAUAGCCAGAUAUUGCGAAGGGAUAUGCGAUUUCAUAAUAUGACUAAUAUGCUGCAAGAUUAGGGAUCAUAAAAAGUUUGAAUGAGAUAACCAAAUAGAAAAUCCAAACUAUUUCAGCCAAGAGGAAAUCGUAAAUUACCCCGGAAUAAAAGAAAAUUAUUCCAGAAAAUUAGGAAUCCCGAAUUUUGGGAACACUUGCUACUUGAACUCAGUUUUACAAAUUUUAGCAAGCACCCCAGAAUUUUCUAAAUGCUUAAAUCCAGAUUUUGAGCUUUCAGGAACUUUAUUAACCAUUAUCAAAAUGAUAAAUAAAUACUCAGACACUAAUUUUCAGCCAGAAAUAAACAGCCUUUUAAAGAUCAUUCAGCAAUCAUAUUCAGACGUAUUUUCUAAAUAGUUUACUUUAGGCAGACAAAAUGACAGUAAAGAAAUAUUUGUAAUUAUAAUCGAUAAAUGCUCAGAAAUUAAUGAAAAUUUGAAGGAUUUAUUUUUUAUUAGAAAAGAUGAAACAAUUAUUUGUGAAAAUGGACAUAUAGAAAAAAAAGAAGAGGUGGAAACACUUUUAUUAAUCCCUCAAAAUUUCAAUAAAGAUAUUAGUGGCUUUAUAGAUAUUUUAGAGCAGAAAAGCGAUUUUAGUGGGGAAAAUAAGUUAUACUGCAGCACCUGCAACAGUUUAAAGGACGCUAGUAUUACCUCAAAAUAUAAGCUGCCAAAAUUUUUAGUUUUUUAUUUUCCUGGUGAAAAUCCGAAGAAAAGGAAUAUUAAGGAAUCUGAGACAUUUAAAGAUAAAGAAUAUGAACUUUAUGGAAUAAUUUCUUUUUAUCCGUCUUACCGACAUUAUAUAGCUUUUACGUUAGAUGGUGGAAUAUGGAGAGAGUAUAAUGAUAUAUCAGUGACUGAAAAGAAGCCUGAUUAUUAUUAUACUUAUAUGGCGUUUUAUAGACAUGCAGAGAAAUUAUAA